ACCACACAAGACCACCACCACAACAGCAGGCGUCAGAACAAACGUGGUGGCGGAGGUGCCUGGCCUGGAUGUGGGACCGCUGGUGGCCCUCAGGGUAGCGCUGGGCGACACUGCCAGACUACCCUGCCAGUACCCACGACCUGCCGACGACUCCAUCAGCCUCGUUCUCUGGUACCUCAACCACACCUCCAGGCCCUUCCUCAGUUUCGACGCUCGUGAGGACGUGGAGAGAGGCGGCCCCGUCAGCUUCAGCGACGAAACUGACAACGCCAUCGUCAGCAGAGAUAUCAGCAGCGGUGGCGUCAGCGGCAAGGGUGUCGGGAGGAAGGGCUCGGGAAGGGGCGGCGUGAGGCGGGGCAGGGUGUGGUUGGAGAGGGGAGGCACGGCCCUUGUGGUGCAGGAGGUCGGGCUGAAGGACACGGCUGAGUAUCGCUGUCGGGUACAUUACCGUCUCUCUCCUUCCUGGACCCAGAGACUCCUCCUUACUGUUCAUGAAUCGGUGGCCGGGCUGGAGCUGGUGGACGGGACGGGCCGGCCAGUGGAGGGAACAACGUUGGGACCCUUCUCUCACGGGCACAAGCUCAGGCUGGCGUGUAGGGCCCAUUAUGGAGGAGCCAAGGUUGUGUCACUGGUGUGGUUACUGGAUGGAGUAGAGAUGGACGACUCGUGGGAGGUAGCAGACGCAGGCGUGGUCACCAACCUGCUGGAGAUAGACGGCCUGCAGCACCAUCACCACAACGCCCACCUCACCUGCCGCCUCACUACCCACGCCCACACCCACGUCGCUGCCAAUAUCACCGACGUCUCCACUACUAUAACAAUGUUUCAUGUGCCUGAGGCGAGAAUCACAGCUUGGGGCAGCCAGGUGACGGAGAGUGAGACGGGUUACCUGGUGACGGAAGGCAGUGACCUUACCUUCCUUUGUACCGUCACUGCCCACCCCCCGGCCUACAACGUCACCUGGCUCCAUAAUGGUCGGGUGGUGAGUGAAGGGGGUCGGCGGUGGCGGAGGGAUGACUGGCAGCUACAGGUCUCUCAGGUGAGGCGGGGGGACGCUGGCCUCUACACCUGCCUGGCCUCCAACUCUGAAGGUGAUGGACACUCAAACGCCCUACUCCUCCAGGUCGCCCAUCCCCCACAAUGCCAGGAUUCAGGUGAGCAGCAGGUGGUGGUGGCCGUCAACACCUCCGUCACCCUCACCUGCAAGAUGGACGCCCUCCCUGCCCACCUAACCUUCACCUGGACGCUUGCUGACCCGCCCACACACCACCAGGACGCCCACAAGGACCUCCGGGGCGGGAUUAUCACCGGGGACGCUCCACCUCCUCAUCACCCGGGGCUAAUUGAUCUCACCCCAGGACAUCCACCCGGUGUUUCCCCGUCUUCUGGCCCCGCGGGGGACGUUCAAGACGUCUGGGGGGAACACCUGGGGGACGGGGCGACAAAGGGGAUGAUCUUGGAGCAUCAGGUUCACCCUCAUGACCCAAGGAAGUCAAGUGUGACCCUCACGCCCACCUCCCCGGCACAGGUCUUCUGCUACGCCAGGAACAAGGUCGGGAGGACGACUAUACCGUGUACUUAUCUGCUGAGUCUUGUGGAUCCACCUCAGCCACUCCGGGACUGCAACGUCACAGUCGUGGGGUUGACCCGGUUGGAGGUUAAGUGUCAUGACCUGGCACCGACGGAGAGUGACCAGCAGGAGUUGACACAGGUUCACCACGCCCCAGGUAUAAGCUUCGUCAGGUCAUCCGGGGUCAGACCCAGCACCAACCUGGAGGUAUGGUCGGAGGGAACUUUAAUAGACAACGUCAGCAGUGCUCGACCGGAGCUGACGGUGGGCGACCUUCCUCCUGACAAACACUUUCUGUUAAUGCUAUAUGCUGUCACCCCACACGCCCGCUCCAAGCCCCUUCGCCUCCACGCCCGCACCCCUCCACACCCCUCCAUACAUCUUAAAGAGCCGUCUACGAUUGUGCCCGCCCAGGAGGACCCGCUACCCAUCGACGACAGCCUGUGGGGAGCGCUAGACGGCACAGUGGGCGGAUUAGUGGGUGGCUUACUGGGUGGGAUGGGCGUAUUGCUACUUCUCUUUACCCUGGCGGUGGUGGUGGUGAGACUGAAGCACCACCAGCAGGGAGAUGGAGGUGUUGGUGAAGGGGGUUCUCCAUCCACCAACACCAGGCCGCUCCACCAUGAUCUUCACCACUCCACAAGUCACUCAAGUCUUACCUUGGAGUCACGUGCAUCAGUGUACUGUGUGGGGGGUUCUGGAGAAGAGAGAGGGAGCGACACACCUUGGCAAGAGACUUCCAUCACUCCCCUCGUUGCUCUCACCACUCCCCUCACCCCCCUGGCCGACCCCCAGGUGUCAACGCAGGUGCUGGAGGACACCUGCACUAACGACUCAGUAUAACACCCGUGACAUGACUCCUCACGCAGCCUACACACCUGUGAUAAUGAAAUUUCUUGGAGCAGGUGUAAGAAAGAUGAACAUCUGUUGGCAAAUAGUGGCUAUGGGCGUACAGCCAUUAUCUAUUAUAUGGUCAGUGGACAGUGUCUGCGGCCAGUGGACAGUGUCUGUGGCCAGUGUGGGUGGUCAGAGGACUGUCUGUGGCCAGUGGACAGUGUCUGCGGCCAGUGGACAGUGUCUGUGGUCAGUGUUGAUGGUCAUAGGAUUGUCUGUGGCCAGUGUUGGUGGUCAGUAGGCAGUGUCUGUGGCCAGUGUUGGUGGUCAGUGGGCAGUGUCUGUAGCCAGUGUUGGUGGUCGGUGGGCAAUGUCUGUGGCCAGUGUUGGUGGUCGGUGGGCAAUGUCUGUGGCCAGUGUUGGUGGUCGGUGGGCAAUGUCUGUGGCCAGUGUUGGUGGUUAGUAGGCAGUGUCUGUGGCCACUGUUGGUGGUUAGUGGGCAGUGUAUGUGGCCAGUGUUGGUGGUCAGUGUCUGUGGCCACUGUUGGUGGUUAGUGGGCAGUGUAUGUGGCCAGUGUUGGUGGUCAGUGUCUGUGGCCACUGUUGGUGGUUAGUGGGCAGUGUAUGUGGCCAGUGUUGGUGGUCAGUGUCUGGGGCCAGUGUUGGUGGUUAGUGGGCAGUGUCUGUAGUCAGUGGACCGUGUCUGUGGUGUAUGGAUAGUGUCUGUGCGCCAAGGAAAGUGUCUGUAUCCCAUGGGAAGUGGCGGGAAUCUAUGAAGUGUUUGUUACAAGAAUUCUGUUCAAAACAUGGUGAGGAGGUUGCCGGUACGGUACGUGUAUUUUUAUAAUUUAUAUUGUUUUGUAAUAAAGUUGUAUACAUGUUUCU